CUAUAGUAUUUACCAGCGUCACAUUUGCGCAUGGAAUUUGAAAUUUUACUGUGGCUUAAUCAAUAAAUAUACAAAAAGUUCUUCGCUACUAUCUCGCAACGCGCAUGCGUUGCUAUGCUUUGAGGAAAUGGAAAAAUCAUUACACUAUACUGCAUGGAAACACUUAACAUUCAGCUGACUGAGGGGAAAACCAUGGCUCUGACUCUGCAGGAGAGUUUCGAUAGAUCCUGCCGGCUUUGUGCCGAGGAACAAGAAGUCACUAUCAUGAUAUUCAGUGCUGAAGCAGAAGCCAUGCUUUUGCAAAACAAGCUUAACAAAUACUUGCUAAUUGAGAUUGAAGAAGAUGACAGGCUGCCUAAGAAUAUAUGUCUGAAGUGCUGCAGUAAGCUGCACACCGUGUGUGAGUUCAUAGACCAGGCCCGCAGCGCGCAGGAGCUGCUCACCAACCGGAGCAUCCUGCUGGAGCAGGUUGCCGGCAACAUCUCUGAUGCACUCAGCAUCGACACCGACAUCAAAUCAGAACCACUCAUGUACUUUGAUGAUGGUGCUCUUAUAACUCCAAUGGAGGUGAGUGUGGACCCAAUGAUGGUUCUACAGAAUGCUGAGGGCCUCCCGUCACCCACCCCAUCAUGCGGUGACAACCAUAUUGCAGCUGAUGAUGUGAGCUACUUACAUGGACUAAAUGGUGAGAAUGUCACCAUCAAGUUGAUAAAGAAAGGAGAACAUGAGGUAGGUCAUAUUGAUAUAGAACCGGAACCCGAACCUGAACCUGAACUUGAAGAAAACACAAACAGUAAAAAGAAAAAGAAAAUGCCCAAGCCAUUCCCCUGUCUUAUUUGUAAGAGAAGCUUCUACACAGAACUGGCAUUAAAGAAUCACGUCUGGAUACAUUCCGCAGACGAGAAGACCAUAAGAUCAUUCUCAUGUGUCACUUGCAAUGCUGGGUUUGACUUCAGAAUUGAUUUGAUGGCACAUAUGAAGCUGCACAGAACUAAUACUACUUGCACAGUUUGUGGACGAGUUUUCAGAUUAGAGCAGAAUCUGUUGAUGCACAUGGAGACGCACCGGUCCCCUCAGAGUGCAUACACAUGUAAGGUGUGCGGGCGGUCUUACAACUCUAUCAGUAACUUGAAGACACACAGUAUAACACACAGCAAUGAAAGACCUUAUAAGUGCCAUUUGUGUAAAAAGUGCUUCAAGAGGAAUCAAGAUUUAAAGUUCCACAUCAACCAGCAUACUGGUGCCAAGCCUUACCAGUGUCCAUUCUGUGAUAAGUCUUUUGCUAGUUCAGGCAAUUGUUACUCCCACCGGAGUCGCAUGCACCCCGGGCGCCGCAUGGAGAGUGUGGCCAUACGAAGGAAAGCAGCUGUUCCCAAGCCUGAUUAUGCUGUACAACAGAGGGCAAUUAUGCCAAAAACCCAUUUGGUGAAUAUCAAAGGCAUCUACAAGUACCAGUGUCAAAUAUGUGAACAUAGUUUUGUGAAGAGAGAUAACUUUACAUAUCACAUGUACCAGCAUACCGGGGAGAAGCCAUUCCAGUGUUCAUUCUGCGAAGAACAGUUUGUCACGAGAAGAGGGCUCCUCAUUCACCAUGACAAGGUGCACCCCACCAAUGAGAGGCCACUAGCUCUCUUAUCCAAAAAUGCCUUAUUGAAGUAAUCAAGUAAAAGAGAACAAGCCUCCCAUUUUAUAGUUUAUCAGGUACUUUACAGUAAGUAUUUAUAACUCAAUCCGAUAUGUUAAUAUGGUUUAUGGAGUAGCUUAAAAGCUAUGAGCAAGGUAUACAAUAUAAACAAUAAAACUUGAGAGUGACUACUAAUACUUGAGAGUAAUAUACUAAAUGUGUUCUGCUGUGUUGUUUGAGUGUAUCUUCAUAUAAAUUUCCUGGGUCCUAAGAGGCAGAUUAAUAAAUAUAAUGUGAUUAGUGCCGCCUCAUACAUUGUGUUUAAAUUUUAAAUGUAGGUAUUAUUCAUACUUGUGAUUACAUUGCUAUUUUUACAGUAUGUAUCA